ACAAUUUUUAAAUAUGAAUGGUAAAAGUUUCCAAAAGAAAAAUGUAAACUAUGAAGCCACGUGGGUUUUCAUUCAUUAAUAGUAGUCUUUAUAGAGACACGUGAUGAAACAGAAAGCGGCGUUUAUGAACCACGUUAAAAGUACAUGUAUUUGAAUUUUUCCACGUUUCUUAUCUUAAAUAAUAUAUGAGCCAAAAAAAUCGAUAGUAGCAUGUGGGGUCAAAUUAUAACAGCAACAAUCAUAAUAAUAAUUAGAGCUUAUUUUUCUUCUAUAUUAGUAGACCACCAAUCUCAAUCUUUUCCCUGUUCUCUGUAAUAAUAUCUGAAAAAAUAAAUAUAGUAAAGUAAUAUAUUACAGUACUAUAGUCGCCAUGAAUAAUUUUAGUACUACUACUGAAGAUUACCAUCAUUAUUCUCCAUCUUCAUCUUCCUCCUCCUCAGCCUCAUCCUCAUCCUCAUCUUCAAUCCAUAAAGAUUAUGUCAGUACAAAAAAUCUGAAUAUCAACUCAUCAGUACUACUACCUCCAAAUAAUAGUAACAAUUUUACGAAGAAAUCGUUAUUACAGGAAAAGAGAAAGUCAGGAAGAAAGAAGUUCAAGGAGACAAGGCACCCAAUCUACAGAGGUGUACGGCAGAGAAAGGGGAAGUGGGUUUGUGAGUUGAGGCAGCCACAUACUAAGAACUCUCGUUUAUGGCUUGGAACUUUUUCCUCUCCGGACAUGGCGGCUAGGGCUUAUGAUGUUGCUGCUCUAGCCAUUAAAGGCGAGUCUGCCUCCUUGAAUUUCCCACAAGACAAAACCACAUAUCAGCAAAAUAUUGAUUAUUCCACCACGGCCUCUUCUAGUCGUGUGGCCGCUGCACCGGUGGACGUGGUGGUCACUGAUCCUACGAGUACUAUUAGUAGUAAUAGUACUCGUGAGCCACUGUCCUCGUCCUCUGUGACGGUGACACAAGCUCAGAGUCAGACUCAGGAUCAGGGUCCGGGAUUAGGGUUGUUGACAAAUAAUAAUAGUAGUAGUAAUGUUGAUGAGUAUUUGGAUGAAGAGGAGGUGUUUAAUAUGCCUGGAUUGCUGGAUAGUUUGGCUGAAGGUUUGAUCCUUACUCCUCCAGCCAUGAAAAAAGGUUUUAGUUGGGAUGAUUACAAUAAUAAUGGUUUCAAUGAUUAUUCUUCUAAUGAUCAUAAUUUUUCUCUUUGGUCUGAAUAAUCAUCAUCAUCAUUUAUAUAUAUAUAUAUAUUUAUUGAUGAUCGAGUUAGUUCUUUUGGAGUUAUAAAUUCGUUUUAUUUUAAUUAGCCAGCCUCAUCAAGUUGUCUCCGGCAAAAGUCAGCCUUUCAUAUGGACCAUCAAUAUCUUGUUGAUCGAGAUCAGCUUGUUGUUUUUGCUUUCGUAAAAAUCACAUACCAAAAAAAUCUAAAGCAACAAAAGAAAA